AUACAACUGACAUGGGAGUCAGUGAGGAUGAUGAGUUUGAAGAUGACUUAGAUUUGGAUAUUUCCUUUGAGGAGGUUAAACCACUUCCUGCUACCAAAGGAGGAAAUAAGAAAUUUUGGGGGGAAUCCAAGAUGGCACCCAGGUCAAACCCAAAGACCGCUUCUAGGCUUGUCCCCGCUACCCCAGCAUCUCUCCCAACGACUACCGUGGCUCCCCAGCCCACCCCAGUGGAGAGAAAAGCGAAGAAUGCUGUGGUUCUAAUGCCGAGGCUCUUUGACAUGUCUUGUGAUGAAAUGCUCUGCUCGGCUGACAGCUUUUGUGUCAAUGACUACACGUGGGGGGGCUCCCGGUGCCACUGCAGCCUGGGCAGGGGCGGCGAGAGCUGCUCAGAAGAGAUUGUUAUACAAUAUCCUCAGUUCUUUGGACAUUCCUUUGUAACCUUUGAACCUCUGAAGAACUCCUAUCAGGCAUUUGAAAUUACUCUUGAAUUCAGGGCAGAGGCAGAAGAUGGCUUACUGCUCUACUGUGGGGAGAAUGAGCACGGGAGGGGCGACUUCAUGUCCCUGGCCAUCAUCCGACGCUCACUCCAAUUCAGGUUUAAUUGUGGAACUGGGGCUGCCAUCAUUGUAAGUGAAGCCAAAAUCAAACUGGGGGGCUGGCACACGGUUACGCUCUACAGAGAUGGGCUGAAUGGGUUGCUGCAGCUGAACAAUGGCACCCCGGUGACUGGCCAGUCCCAGGGCCAGUACAGUAAAAUUACCUUCCGGACGCCCCUCUAUCUGGGUGGGACUCCCAGCGCUUACUGGUUGGUCCGAGCAACAGGAACCAACAGAGGCUUUCAGGGCUGUGUGCAGUCGCUCACCGUGAAUGGGAAGAGAAUCGACAUGAGGCCCUGGCCACUGGGGAAAGCACUCAGUGGGGCCGAUGUGGGGGAGUGCAGCAGCGGGCUCUGUGACGAAGCCGCGUGCAUCAAUGGCGGCACCUGCGCAGCAGUCAAAGCCGACUCCUACAUUUGCCUUUGUCCCCUUGGCUUUAAAGGUCGACAUUGUGAAGACGCUUUCAUCCUGACCAUCCCUCAAUUCAGAGAGUCCCUGAGAUCCUAUGCUGCAACACCCUGGCCUCUGGAGCCCCAGCAUUACCUUUCCUUCAUGGAGUUUGAGAUCACAUUUCGGCCAGACUCAGGUGACGGUGUCCUCCUCUACAGCUAUGACACAGAGAGCAAAGACUUUUUGUCCAUCAACAUGGCAGGGGGCCACGUGGAGUUCCGCUUUGACUGUGGCUCUGGAACUGGUGUUCUCAGGAGCGAAGACCCCCUCACCCUGGGCCACUGGCACGAGCUGCACGUAUCACGCACAGCAAAGAACGGUAUCUUACGAGUGGAUAAGCAGAAGGUAGUGGAGGCAAUGGCAGAGGGAGGUUUUACACAGAUUAAGUGCAACACAGACAUCUUUAUUGGCGGAGUCCCCAAUUACGAUGAUGUGAAGAAGAACUCGGGCAUCCUCAAGCCCUUUAGUGGGAGCAUCCAGAAGAUCAUCCUGAAUGACCGAACCAUCCACGUGAAGCAUGACUUUACGCAGGGCGUGAACGUGGAGAACACAGCCCACCCCUGCGUGGGGGCCCCCUGCGCGCACGGGGGCAGUUGCCGGCCCAGGAAAGACAGCUAUGAGUGCGACUGUCCCCUGGGCUUCGAGGGGAUCCACUGCCAGAAAGAGUGUGGGAACUACUGUCUCAAUACGAUCACAGAAGCCAUCGAGAUCCCACAGUUCAUCGGCCGCAGUUACCUGACCUAUGACAAUCCAGACAUUCUCAAGAGGGUAUCAGGAUCAAGAACAAAUGCAUUCAUGAGGUUUAAGACAACUGUCAAAGAUGGCCUGUUCUUGUGGAGGGGAGACAGCCCCAUGAGACCCAACAGUGACUUCAUUUCCUUGGGCCUUCGAGACGGAGCCCUGGUGUUCAGCUAUAACCUGGGCAGUGGUGUGGCAUCCAUCAUGGUUAAUGGCUCCUUCAAUGACGGUCGAUGGCACCGAGUCAAGGCUGUUAGGGAUGGCCAGUCUGGAAAGAUAACGGUGGAUGACUACGGGGCCAGAACCGGCAAAUCACCUGGCAUGAUGAGGCAGCUCAACAUCAACGGAGCUCUGUAUGUGGGUGGAAUGAAGGAAAUUGCUCUGCACACUAACAGGCAAUACAUGCGAGGCCUUGUGGGCUGUAUUUCUCAUUUUACCCUGUCCACUGAUUACCACAUCUCCCUCGUGGAAGACGCCGUGGAUGGGAAAAACAUCAACACUUGUGGAGCCAAGUAACACCAGCUGGCCUUGCCCAAGGGACAUGGCCUUCUAUCCUGAGAGUCCCAGGGGCCCCGAGGCCCUGCCUGAUGCCACACACAGAGGCACGGGGACCAGGUGUGUUUCCUCUCAUCAAGGAGAAAGUACACCCUGAUGAGAAACGAGGACCAAGACAGGAGUCCCCGCGUGGCCUUUCCUGCUGACACUCUGUGGCCCAAACCCAGAGGAAUACUCUGUGUAGGAAGCAUCGAAUUUUGUCCACUGAAUGUGUAGGGGCUGCCAGAGAUCACACAUCAAUGCAAAUUCCAGAGCCUGUCUGCUGUAGCUCAAUGACUGUGUUGUGAUUCAUAGUGCAUAAAAAAAGAAAGAAAAAAAAAAUAGAGACCCAAAAGGGCAGUAUUUAAAUACUUCCCUCCUUCCCUGACUCAUGACACUCUUACUGACAGCAGAAUGACCAUUUGACCUUGAACCUCGAAUUUCUCACCUUGGUCCAUGAAUUUUUAGGAUUAAUCCCUUCCACUCCUCACUGGCUAGUUCAGUCUGCUUUGAGGAUUCCAUGAAAAUAAGGAUGAGGGGAGACUAGGCAUGGGAUCACAAUUAUAAUGCUGCCCCCCAAAGUUUACCUUGAAUGAAAAAUCCCUACUUUUUAUAAUGCAAAUCUAAGAUGGGCACCAUGAUUUUGUAGCUGUCUUUUUGUAUGUGUAUAUUUUUAUAGCUGCAGAUUAUCCACACAGUAUACUUUUGCCAGUUGGCAUGGACAACCCUGAAUUCUUUGCACACUUCCAAAAAAUUUUCUCCCAAAAGAGACUUGUUUGGGCCCUUUUGGCAGCAUCUGGAGUGGGAUAGGUAACUUGGGGUGAACACCUUGGGGAGCUGACCAUUCUCUUUAGGUAAAUGUUGAUGGCUCAAGGAGAUGAAUGUGGAGCUUCCAAAAUAAGCAGAUUAAAAGGCACCUGUGUUACUGAGGUGGGUCACUGUCAUUUUUGUUUCAAGCGAGGGGGGAUGUCUGUAGUUAAUUUGAAUAAAAGAGAUGAAGAAGGCUAGAACUCUUUCA